AUGGCGGUCUCUUUGGCGGCGCUGCGCAGAAUACUGGGUCAACAAAACCAGCAGAACACCGGCGGAAGCCUCUUCGCACAGCCCCAGCAGCAGUCCCAGCAGCAAAAUCUAGGCGGAAGUCUGUUCAGCCAACCCCAACAGCAACAGCAAAACACAGGCGGAGGUCUUUUCGGCCAAUCCCAGCAACAGCAGCAGCAGCAAGGACAGCAACAACAACAACAGCCAUCAUUCAACAACAGCUUGUUCGGAGCUUCCUUGCAGCCCGCACCGCCUCUGAACCAGUCUCAAGCGCAGAGCAUCCAACAGCAGCGUGAAGGUCUCCCUCAAUUACGGCAGUCUUCUGCGCAGCCUUUUGCUGCUGGGUCCGUCAAUGGUCACAGGGAGAAGUCGGUUGUCGAGCAGAUACGCAUCCUGAAUGAUAAAUGGGAUCCGAUGAACCCCAACUGCGUCUUCCAGCACUACUUCUACAACUCAGUCAAGCCCGAGGAAGCGCCCUUCUACGGUCCCUCUCCUGGCGAAGACGAGAGGAAGUGGGAGGAAGCUUUGUCCAACAAACCUAGCCCAGGCGCCAUUCCCGUCAUCGCUCGCGGCUUUGAGCAAGUUGCAGAGCGCAUUCGCCAGCAAGCCGCCGCCGUCACCGCCCUCCGAACCCGCCUGCACGAGAUCAACAACAGUCUGACGCUGCUGAAAGAUGCCCACGAGCUGAAUGUGGCGUCGCGCAUCACCGAAGCGAAGCGGAAGCACAUUGUCUUCACACAGCGGACACUGGCCCUAGCGACCAAGGUGCAGAUUCUGAGGAACCGUGGAUACGUUAUGGAUCAGCAAGAAGAAGAGCUGAAGAAGAAGCUCGCUGAGCUUGAGAAGGAGACAUUCGAUCCCGUGCUGGGAGGCCGCCAAGAGGAGAUCUGGGCACGCAUGUCGGGAGUGCGCGAGCGAGCGCGGAUACUACAAGAGGAGACGGAGAAGGUGGGCAAGUCGCUCGAGAGCCAGCAGAACGGCGAGCUUCUUUCCGAGGACGAUCAGAAGGCACUGGAGAAGCUCCUCAAAGACUACGACAGGCAACUCGAGCACCUCAAGAAGUGGGUCGACGACACCAAGGAGGAAUACGAGACGUGGGAGUCGGAGAAGGUGGCACGGCCAGCUAGGCGAUGAGCUUGAUGUUGGCUUUGGUUCUCGGUGUGCGUGUACGAUCUAUAGAGGUUUUGUAGACAUCCUUCUGGCGGGCAAAAUAGCAUUUCUGGAUACCAUGGAGGGAAGCAUAGCAAGCGGGUUUAAUCUAACGGUAGCGUCCAACGCGUACUACC